CAUCAUGUGGCAGCAGUUCGCGUUUUACGCCGGAAGUAGAGGAAGAACCUCGUAAGCUAGUACUAGUGGUGUCCAUUUUAUUUACGCCCGAAAGCUCGCUACAUUGUUUUGAGCUGUCGCAUUUUUCCACCGCAUUCAUAAGUACAAAACUGGGUCUUCGGAGAUGAGCAGUUCCGAGGAAGUGUCAUGGAUCUCCUGGUUCUGUGGACUAAGGGGGAAUGAAUUUUUCUGCGAGGUGGAUGAAGACUAUAUCCAGGACAAGUUCAAUUUGACAGGCCUCAAUGAACAAGUUCCCCACUACCGCCAGGCUCUAGAUAUGAUUCUGGACCUUGAACCAGAUGAAGAGCUGGAGGACAAUCCCAACCAAAGCGACCUGAUCGAGCAGGCGGCCGAGAUGCUGUACGGCCUCAUCCACGCACGCUACAUCCUCACCAACCGAGGCAUCGCUCAGAUGCUGGAGAAGUAUCAGCAGGGAGACUUUGGCUACUGUCCUCGCGUCUAUUGUGAGAAUCAGACUAUGCUUCCCAUAGGCCUGUCAGACAUCCCAGGAGAGGCCAUGGUGAAGCUCUACUGUCCUAAAUGCAUGGACGUCUACACACCCAAGUCCUCCAGGCACCACCACACAGACGGUGCCUACUUUGGCACCGGCUUCCCUCACAUGCUGUUCAUGGUUCACCCUGAAAACCGGCCCAAGAGACCCGCCAAUCAGUUUGUCCCGAGGCUUUACGGGUUCAAGAUCCACCCGAUGGCCUACCAGCUGCAGCUGCAAGCCGCCUCCAGCUUCAAGAGCCCCGUCAAGGCCAUCCGCUAGCGAGAAAGGCAAGACGACGACAACAAGGCGAGGGGUCAUCUGUGUUUUUACAACAACAACAACACAAAUGAUCCCUCCCCACCUAUGAAGACUGUAUUAUUUUGGGGUUAGAUUAGAGCAAAUGAAAGCAACAUGUUAUAAUAAUAAUAAUAUUGAUGAUUGGGAGGGUGAGCGAGAUAUCAAUGCACAGCCAUAGUCAUCAUUACAUAAAUGUUUACCCUCCCUCUGUCGUGAACGCACUAUAUACAUUCACAAACAGUGGUGUCAAAAGUACUGAAACAUCCAACGGGGACACGCGUACGUAAAGUUUCCCAUUAUCCCCGACUUUUUGUGAAUUGAGUAUAUUUUCAUAAGCGCCGCACACCCCAUUUUACCAAAAACACGUGAGUCCCUAAUGAACGUGACUGCCAGCAAUUUAAGAGUAAAAUACAGUCAGUGAUUUAUUUUUGAUCUGUAUUGCUGGUUCGUACAAAUGUUUGCCGUAUUGGUGUCGUAUAGAGGACGAUAAAGAAUUGUGUGCUGCUACUGUUUAGGGAGGACAUCCUAGAAAGCAAGCUAGCCGCCCGUAAAUGUUUUGUUUGACAUCGUCGGUCGCAGUAGGCCCUAAAUCUCCCAUCCUGUCGUUCAUAUUUAUCUGCUUACAGCACUGAAUUCCCCAACUCAUGUUUUGAGGUAUAGCAACAGCCGAGACCAGCAGCUGCCAUUUUUGUUUUCUUUCCGAAACGGGCGCCAAACCUGUUGAGUUUUGGAGAUUUUCAGGUUUCGCUACACAAGUGAAUCUGUAUUUAUGAUCCACAGUUUCUCCUGUUUUCUCUGUGCUACUUUGGAAGUGUGAGCCAGAUUCAGAAAUCUCAAUAAAGAUUGACAUUUUUUUUCGUA